AACUGUGUCGCGUGUAGUUGCCUGAUCUCGUGUCUUUAGUCCUCCAGCCUCCCUCCCUGCAAACUGUGGAAGUCCGUUGAUUUUCUCAUAGGAAACACAAGUGAUUUACAAGUCGUCGGAGAAGACAUGGCCGUCCAGAUCCAGCCUCGGCAGUGGGCCAGUGGAGUGACCUCCACCCAGGGCUCCGGGACGUGGAGCACCGGCCUCUUUGACUGUAUGGGGGAUAUGGGUGCCUGUUGCUGUGGCCUGUGGUGUUUUCCCUGCAUGCAGUGCAAGACGACCAACGACUUCGGCUGGUGUUUCCUCCUGCCGCUGCUGGACCCUUGCUGCCUCGCCGUCUCCUGCGCCCUGCGCUCCUCCAUGAGGAAACGCUUUGACAUCCAGGGUUCAUAUUGUGACGACUUCUGUAAGAUCGUUUGCUGCUACGGUUGUGUCUGGUGCCAGAUGGCUCGAGAGUUGAAAAUAAAGGGGGUCCAGCAGCCCAUUACGUCUCCCAUCACCACGCAGGUCACGAGAAGUUAGACCCAAUUAUA